AAAGUCAAAUCCAGAAAAAAAUGUUGAGUUGAGUUUUCGGCCAUCGUUAUCGUUGCGCUUAUGGUGUAGCAGGCAUAAAAUCGUAAUAUUUAUCUAUAUAAGGUUUCUGGGGAAUCAUUUUCCCUAAUAUACUUUUGUUGUGAAACUAAUGCAUCGAUUUGUUCGUUAUUUACCGAGUACUUAAAAAUACAAAUACAAUUGAAAUUUUGCGAAGUUCGGUGUUCAUUGAUUAAACAAGAUGGAUGCGAUGAGUUUAAGUCUGGAUGAGAUUAUCAAAAAGAAAUCUAUCGGUAAGCGUACGAAACCCGGUAAAGCAGGAGCAAAAAAACGCACCGGUAAACCUACUAAACAGGGAAAACGUGCUGCUGCAACGGAAACACGUACUCGACCCGGUGGAAAAAAGGUUUUGACCAGCCCAAGCCGGAAGAAGAAGUUAGAAAGUUUGAAAACUCGUUCCCCGAUUGGAAAACCGAAAGUAGUGGUUGAUGCGCGUAUGAAGAUAAUACAGAAAAAACGAGCACAUAUUCGAGAUGCGCGCGAUAAACUAAUUGAACUCGCCCGAAACAGUGGAGAUGCUAGGCUACGAUUGCUAAAGCGCAAAGGCACCCUCCCUCCAGGGAGUGGAAUGCCCAAGAAAAGGAUGUCCGGAGGAAAGUUAUUUCAUGAGGAUCUGGCAGAAGACUUUGAAAUGAAGGUAGACCUUCGACGCCCAAUUGUUCCUUUGAAACGAACCGUUCGAAAUGAAAUGUUUACUGUUCCCAGUACAAUGCCCCCAUUGCCAACAUUCAGUCGUCACGUUCGCAACUCGCCUCCACCACAAACGUCAUCUUCAUGGAGCAGCGAUCCAUUCGAUUGUUAUGAAGUGCAUACCAGUCGUCCGACAGUUCAGAAAUCGCACGCUCCAGUUCCUCUUCCUCAGUACGAUGAUCUUCCGCCAAGACGUAGCAUUGCCAGAGCUAGAACACCACCCCUGCGCCCGAUGUAUGCUGACGAUCGACCGCAUCUUUCGUCCACCAUGCGUGCACGCUUGGAGUGCGCUCCUAAUCAAAGCGAAUCUAUGGGCAUCUUUGCCAAAAUGCCUCCAGAUGACCAUUAUCAUAGCAGCAACAAUACCAGCAGCCGUCAGCAAUACAGUCAUCAUCACCACCAUCAACAACAGCCUCAAUCUCCGUCGCCAUCUCCACCCAUCUCCGGAUACAGAAUUGUCGUCAGUAAUCUGCAUUCUAGUGUGACACAGAAUGAUAUCAAGGAACUUUUUGAAGACAUCGGUGACCUACUAGAAUCGCGUCUUGUUCGUCCAGGCGUGGCGGAAGUUAUCUAUCGCACACUGAAGGAUGCAGAAGAAGCCGUAGACACGUACCAUAACCGCCAACUGGAUGGUCAACCAAUGAAGUGUCUGCUGGUCAAACCGCGUUCCGCGAACAAACCAACUGCACCGGCCAUCAGUUAUUCGAGCUCGUCGCGGUCGUUGAAACCUUCCUCGUUGUCGUCAUCGGCGGCCAAAAAGUCACAGGUUGAAAUCGAUAUCGACGCUUUGCACACGGUCCUAUUCAGAAGAGAUCACUAGAAGUCACAACUCCACCACACCAUUUGCCCUCUCACGAUCAGACAUUUGUUCCGAACAUCAGCAUUCGACAAAACAAAAUUAGGGGUUAUAAAUAAAAAGAAUGAAAAUUUAUUUAAAUGUUUGGAAAUUUCGUAAGAGCUCAAAGUGUGUUAUUGUUCAAAGCCUUACUCUUGAAAACAGGAAAAGAUUUUCGGUCGAAUGUGGAUAUAUCAAAGAAAUAGAACAAAACAAAAAUUGUAAAAUUCAACAGAAUCGAAAAUCUGGCCUGAAGUUUUAAAUGUAAGGAUAUUCCUUCACUUGUUUCAUCAUGUAUUGCUAGAAUCAGGCAAGACAUUGCUUUUUAGCUCAGCCACUACACUACAGCAGACAUCAAAAUCAAACACUUGUAUGAAUCCAUUCAGGCUCCGUAACAUUUAUCAGAACCCUUUCGAACAAGCAAGACCUCUCAUUAUAAAACAGUUGCUAGAUGUGGAACGCUAUGGAAGACAAAAUGACCAACAAAUAAAAUCUAGCAAUUAUA